AUGAUUAUGGAACAGCUUAAUCCGAACUCCAUUCAGAUCCAAGCGAAUAAACAUAAAGUAAAUUUCAAUUCAGCUAGGACAAAAACGGAACAUGAUGUUGCUACAAAUAAAUUUUUACCAACCAAUUCAGACACUGUCCUAGGAAAUCGUUAUCGCUAUAAAGAAAUAAUUGGUCAUGGAACAUUUUCAGUAGUAAUUGCAGCCAAGGAUUUAUACAUGCACAACAAGAUCAUCGCCAUAAAAAUAUUUCAUCGCAAUUAUAAAGUUAUUGGUUUACAGGAAGCUGAAUGUGUGCGAAAACUCAACCAAAUGGAUUGUAUGGAUGUAUCAAAAGUUAUUAAGAUCUUUAAUACCAUCAUGUAUGAAGACCAUCUCUGUAUUGUCUAUCAAUGUUUGGAUCCCAGACCAAUUACUGCUUAUUUCCAGAGGGUGACAGUCAAUGAAAACCAUGAAGAGAAGUUGAAGUUAUUACGCCACGUUGUGAAGCAGUUAUUGGAAUGUUUAGCUUUCCUACGAAGAGCAAAUAUCAUUCAUGCUGAUAUAAAACCAGCCAAUAUUCUUGUAUCUAAUGAAAGUGACUUAUCAAUUAAAUUGGUGGAUUUUAGCAAUUCAUUCCAUUGUGUCCAUGAAGAGAUUUGUCUAUAUUACGAUAACUUUGAAUUACAAACUUUGAACUAUCGUGCACCUGAGCUAUACUCGUGUAAGCCGUUAUUUAAAGGAAAGUAUAAAGGAGAAAUAAUUCAAAAUAUUAGUAAUUUACUCGGUUCCUGGCCGGUAAGUUUUUUUCGUCGAGGUAAAUUUUACCAGGAAUUUGCUAAUGAGGUUAUUGAACACCCAAAAAAUACGUAUUGUGAGCGAUAUUCGGUAUCUGAAGUGGUACAACAUCCCUUUAUGCUGGCAGAAAAUUCUGUGAAUUACUUUUUAUUUAAUGAUGACUUAUCUGGCAGUGGAGUCGUUCCAUCAGGCACUUAUCAGUACAAACCGGAUAACUCAAAGAAUAACUUACGAUUACCAGUCAAACAAGAUAAGAUGACAAAGUGUACUCGAAAACGCCCAGAAACUUCAGACAGCUCCAACGUAAAAUCAAUUGGAACAGAAUUUUCCAGCAUUAAUGUGAAGGUGUUCUGUUUACAGAGGACGACGUCAAACUGUAACAGCGGUGAGUCUGAAAAGACAGCAGCAAUCACUUCCAAUAACGAACUAGAUCUAGUAAAUGUGGGAGAUACUUCCGAUGAUGAAAUUACUGAUUCUGUUCAAAAUGUCCAUGCUGCUGUUCCUAACCACAAGGAUUACGUAGAAAUAUAUGAUAACUGUGCUAGAUCUCGUGGGUCAUUUUGGUUAAGGUCUAGCUCCGAAGAUAAUACAACUAUCAAUGAAACUUUAAACACUCACGAAAAAAGCGUCGCCAAUAGGAAUAAUAGUUGCGCUCGGACUAGAAUCAUCACUGUAAAUACUACGAUUGCAUCGUAG